AUGGAAACCAAAAACCCGGAUGACGUUGUUCUACAAAAACUGCAAGAAAUGGAGUAUGAAGAACACGUGUUAGUAUCGCCCCAUAGCCCAGGAGGUGGAGGGCUAGCUCUACUUUGGAAACAACAUUUAGAAGUGGAAAUUCUGUUUACCUGCCAAAACCUCAUCGACACGCGGAUAAAAGCAGAAGGAAGAUCGUUCUAUGUCAGUUUUGUCUACGGAGAACCGGAACAAUUGAAGAGACAAGAGGUCUGGGAAAUUAUAAUGGAAAGAACGCAGAACAGAACAGAACCCUAG